AUGGCAACGGAAGGUGUAGGUGGAAGCGGUAGCAGCAGCGAAGUGGAAAACGACUUGGAAAUGAAGCUCUUACGCGACAGAUUCAGGCUCUCCGCGAUCUCAAUCGCCGAAUCUCAAGCGAACAAAAGCGGCAUGGAAGUUUCAAAUGUCGUCGUCGCUUGCAUCGCUGAUUUGGCCUUCAAAUACACCGAACGGUUAGCGAAGGAUCUUCAACUAUUUUCGCAGCAUGCGAAUCGUAAAUCUGUAAAUAUAGAGGAUGUUAUACUCUCUGCGCAUCGAAAUGAACAUCUAUCUGGCUUGUUGAGGACUUUCUCCAAUGAUUUAAAAGAUCGUCAAUUUGAGAGGAAGCGAAAGAAGAAUGAUAAAACAACUGCUUAG